AUGGAUCUAAUCAAAUACAUCUUUGAGAAACCAGUCCUUACUAGAAGGAUUGCUCGUUUGCAGGUCUUAUUGUCAGAAUAUGAUAUUUUGUAUGUUACUCAAAAAGCAAUUAAAGACAGCGUUGUCGUAGAUUUCUUAGCUCAUCAACCGAUAAAUGAUUAUCGAUCAAUACAAUAUGAAUUUCCUGAUAAAAAUAUAAUGACGUUGUUUAAUGAGAAUGAAUCUUUAGCAAAAGACGAAUGGGUCAUGAUGUUUGAUGGUGCUUCUAUUACACUCGGACACGAGAUUGAUGCUAUACUGAUUUCUCCUGAGAAGCAAUAUAUCUCGAUCACAGCUGGAUUAUCAUUCGAUUGUACAAAUAAUGUAGCUGAAUAUGAAGCAUGUGCUAUGGGAAUUCAAGCAGCUAUAGAGUCUAAGAUCAAAAUUCUCAAGCAUAUUCCUUGUGAGGAGAAUCAAUUGGCUGAUGCUUUAACCACUUUAUCAUCAAUGUUUGUAGUGAGUCAAAAAGAAGACAUGUCAUUCAUAAAGUUACAACAGCUUUAUCAUCCUGCCUAUUGUCAAAUGGUUGAAGAAGAAUUUGAUGAAUACCUAUUAAAUGCUGCUGAAAAUGACAAAAGGACAUUGAGAAGGUUAGCAAUGAAUUUCUUUCUGAAUGGAAACGUGCUUUACAAAAGGAAUCAUGAUAUGGUUCUGCUUAGAUGUGUGGAUGCUUCAGAAGCACAAAAGAUCAUAGAAGAGAUUCAUAAAGGUUCAUUUAAGACUCAUGCCAAUAGACAUGCCAUGGCAAAGAAGAUUCUACGAGCUGGAUAUUACUGGUUGACAAUGAAGACAUAUGCUGAAAAUAUUAAUGUUCCCCCAACAAAUUUGAAUGUCUUAUCAUCACCCUGGCCUUUUUUAAUAUGGAGAAUUGAUGUUCUUGGACCCACUGAACCUAAAGCCUCUAAUGGUCAUCGCUUCAUUCUAGUUGCUAUUGACUAUUUCACAAAAUGGUUUGAGGCUGUCUCAUAUGCUAGUGUGACCCGAAAUGUGGUGGUGAGAUUCAUUAAAAAGGAUUUGAUCUGUCGGUAUGGCCUCCCAAUUCGUACUUCAACUGGGGCAACUCCAUACUCUUUGGUAUAUAGAAUAGAAGCAAUACUUCCUAUUGAGGUUGAAAUUCCCUCUUUAAGAGUAAUCAUGGGGACCAGAUUGGAGGAAGCAGAAUGGGUGCAAUCUUGUUUUGAUCAAUUGAAUUUCAUUGAAGAAAAACGGUUGAAUGCGUUGUCACGGUCAACUAUACCAGCGAAGGAUAAAGAACACUUUUGA